CACUUUCAACCUUAAGUGUAUCAAAGACAUCCGGUUUGAAAUUUAUGAAGAUUUUAAUAAAUAGGAAGACAGUUGCCGUGAUUAUCCUCAACUUCUUAGGACCCUCGUACAAGAUAAUCUUCAAAAGGUGAGUUGUGCAACGGAGCUAACAAUCGGAACUUGGUUCACAGAGGUCUUGUGCAUGUUCCAGUUCAAAGGGGUGCUAAUUCCAGAAACAGAAUGCAAACAUCUGGCCCUAGAGUUGCAUACGAAAAAGUUUAACUUGUAUGGAGUAGCUGGCUUUUUGCGAGCCUCGCCUUAUGUGGAGACACUCAACAUAGGCAUGGAUGCUGCUGAUUCAGAUAAACCCCGCUGCAAGUAUGAGUUAAAAUAUCUGGCUAGAGGGGAUAAUAUUGAUUUGCAGAGUCGGAUUUCCAGCUUCGUGUUUCCCAAUCUCAAGAAAGUUAAGAUUGUCAUCUCCUCCGGGGUGUGUUUGAAAGAUCAUUUCAAGUGGGGCUUUGACAAGCUGUUUAAACUUUCAGAAUUUCUAUUGAAGAGAGCAACGGUUUUGGAAAAGUUCGUUCUCAUAUCAAAAAGAAGAAAGUGCAAGAGGUGUUCAAUGAACUGUGUAUCCCGAUAUUUAUUUCGAUUGGCUGAGAAAUUGUUAGGUUGCCCAAGAUCUUCCACCAAUUUCCUGAUUAUCUUCCAGGAGUGAGCUUUGUGUAACUUGGCUGCUAGUAGUUCUCUCUCAGGAUAUGAGAAAUGUUGUUUUAUAUUAAGUUUUUGAUAAACUACUCAUGCA